CAACUGAUUCUUGCGACGAUAAACCCCUAGUACUGAAUCUUACAAAUGUAAAUGGUUCGGUAGCUACCAUAGCACUAAACACAACAUUUUUUCAGACUAUUGUGGCUAAUAGUGGAUCGACCAAUGUGAGCAUUACAGAAAUUGUAACGGUGUCUCCUGUUGGAAUGAUUAAAACUGGACUUUUACCCUACGGGUUAUCAGGAACACAAUGGUAUGUGAAUGUAACAUGGACACCGUCUCUAUCUCAAGCAGGAAGUCAUAUAUUUUGUUAUACUGCUGUGAAUAGCAUGGGACAAUCAUCGGACCAAGCAUGCGUUACCAUAAAAGUAGAUGGUGUAAAUGAAUGUACCAGUAGUCCUUGCCAAAAUGAAGGUGUAUGUACAGAUGACAUAUCAAGAUAUACUUGUACAUGUCCGGUUUCACAUACUGGGAAAAAUUGCGAAACAGAUAUAAAUUUGUGUGAAGGAGUAACGUGUGGAAAUGGAGGCACGUGUGUUGACGGUGUACUUAAUUACACCUGUACCUGUCCAGGUUCACAUACUGGUGGUCAUUGUGAAGCAGAUAUAAAUUUCUGUGAAGGAGUUAUGUGUGGAAAUGGAGGCACUUGUGUCGAUGGUGUGUUUGAUUACAGCUGCACAUGCCCGGUUUCACAUACCGGAAGUGAUUGUGAAUCAGAUAUAAAUUUUUGUGAAGGAGUAACGUGUGGAAAUGGAGGCACGUGUGUUGACGGUGUGCUUAAUUACACCUGUACCUGUCCAGUUUCCCAUACUGGUGGUCAUUGUGAAGCAGAUAUAAACUUCUGUGAAGGAGUUAUGUGUGGAAAUGGAGGCACUUGUGUCGAUGGUGUGUUUGAUUACAGCUGCACAUGCCCGGUUUCACAUACCGGAAGUGAUUGUGAAACAGAUAUAAAUUUUUGUGAAGGAGUAACAUGUGGAAAUGGAGGCACGUGUGUUGACGGUGUGCUUAAUUACACCUGUACCUGUCCAGUUUCCCAUACUGGUGGUCAUUGUGAAGCAGAUAUAAACUUCUGUGAAGGAGUUAUGUGUGGAAAUGGAGGCACUUGUGUCGAUGGUGUGUUUGAUUACAGCUGCACAUGCCCGAUUUCACAUACCGGAAGUGAUUGUGAAACAGAUAUAAAUUUUUGUGAAGGAGUAACGUGUGGAAAUGGAGGCACGUGUGUUGACGGUGUGCUUAAUUACACCUGUACCUGUCCAGUUUCCCAUACUGGUGGUCAUUGUGAAGCAGAUAUAAACUUCUGUGAAGGAGUUAUGUGUGGAAAUGGAGGCACUUGUGUCGAUGGUGUGUUUGAUUACAGCUGCACAUGCCCGAUUUCACAUACCGGAAGUGAUUGUGAAACAGAUAUCAAUUUUUGUGAAGGAGUAACGUGUGGAAAUGGAGGCACGUGUGUUGACGGUGUGCUUAAUUACACCUGUACCUGUCCAGGUUCACAUACUGGUGGUCAUUGUGAAGCAGAUAUAAACUUCUGUGAAGGAGUUAUGUGUGGAAAUGGAGGCACUUGUGUCGAUGGUGUGUUUGAUUACAGCUGCACAUGCCCGGUUUCACAUACCGGAAGUGAUUGUGAAACAGAUAUAAAUUUUUGUGAAGGAGUAACGUGUGGAAAUGGAGGCACGUGUGUUGACGGUGUGCUUAAUUACACUUGUACCUGUCCAGGUUCACAUACUGGUGGUCAUUGUGAAGCAGAUAUAAACUUUUGCGAAGGAGUAACCUGUGGAAAUGGAGGCACCUGUGUUGACGGUGUGCUUAAUUACACCUGUACCUGUCCAGGUUCACAUACUGGUGUUCACUGUGAAGCAGGUUAACACUUAAUAACACAAAUACCUAAUUUAUUAUAACUAUUACAGUUGCUACGUGUAGUCUUCAUCAUUAGUUUAUACAUGUACUCCCACUAGGAAAUGCAUUUAAUCUUAAACAGUCAUUUUGAUCUAAUAUCACAAAAAAAUGAUUUAUUUGAACAAUUUGCUUGCAGUCAAUUAAGAUCUGUUCAGUCUAUGUUCAAACAGGUGUUGUUAUGUUCCUGUAAUCAACAUUAUGCUGAAUUGUCUAAAUAAAUACUGUACAGUUCUGAAGUUAUCGAAUAUAAUAAGCCUGAAAAUUGACUGAUAUAGCCAAAAGUGCUGAAAUUGACGUUAAACCCUUUGCCUUUCUCUAUUUCAAAUAAAUGAUAACAUCACAAAGCAAGACACGAGUCUUAUUGCCUUUGUAAGGGAUGAUGCAUUUUGUAGAUAUGUAUUCGAAUUUUGUCAGUACGGUGAUAAAUCAUUAAAAAUGUAAUUAAGUGCAUUUUUUUUCAUUUUAGAUAUUGAUUUUUGUAAAGAUAUCAAAUGUCAAAACGAGUGAGCAUGUAUUGAUGGACUAUUUCGGUACACUUGUAAUUGUCAAUUUUCGCAUACCUGGGUUCAUUGCGAAACAAGUAAACGAGUGAUAUGUUGAUGUAAUAAAAAUUAUAGCAUUCUACGCGAUCAUACCAACAUAUUUGUGGUCUGUAUGUAUGUUAAUUAUCAUUGAUUUAUAAAUGCAUAUUUGAAUUAGGUUUUCUAUCCGUUUACAGAAAAUCAUUUUCUUUUGCAUUUCACAGUAACACUGUAGCAUGUAAUUAUUUAUAUUAUUGUGAAUACCAAAUACGUAUAUACUUGCAAGCGUUACUAAUAUUACCAUGUAUGAACCAAUUUAAACUAUUUAAAUCCUAAAAUAAAAUUUUGUUCAGAAAUUACAAUACUUGCGCACCAAUUCCGGCCAA